AUGGUUACUAAUUAUCCGUUUGUCUUGAUCUAUUGUAAAUAUAAAAGAAUUCUUCGUGAAGCACCAAGCUUCUGUUUAUGGUGGAAUUGGUGGAUUUUUUCUACCACCACCGUGUAUGAAUGGUCUGCAGCAUGGGGUUCAAUUGAACGACAUUUACUUAUAUUUCACGAGAAUCUGAUAUCAACACGAGAAAAAGAAUUUUGCUAUCACACAUUACCUAUCUUAACUAUAAUUGUUUACUCUGUUCUAUUUUACUUCAUUGUGAUUGUCUGCAGUUCGUGUGGAAAUUAUCCGAAUCACCAUGAUAUAUUUUGUCUUACGCCUUGCUUUUUACGAAAUGGAUCUAUCAUGGCAUUGUAUGACAUUACAAUGCACGCAUUCAUACCCGUGACUAUAAUAAUUGUGACGAAUGCAGCAUUGGUGGUUCGAAUAUUACUGCAAAACCAAAGACAAUGCAACUUAGCUACCUACACUGUGGCAAUCGCUACCUUAUUUAUGGUCACUGUGUAUCCUGUAGUCAUUAAUCGAAUUAUUUCUAUGCAUACGCGACAGUUGAAACCGAAUAUUUUGCAAACCGCAAUGUUAACAUAUCUUCCUACUUUAUCGAUAAUUGGUCUUCCAGUGCUUUCAUUACUUUUUCUGCGAGAUUUCAAAGCAACAGUUUUUAGCUUUCCCGAAGAAAACAUUAAUUCUUCGCCUAUAAAUACUUAA